CAGACCAGUGUGGAGUGUGUAGAACGAGGAGAACUACUGGCAGACUUACGCCUCAAGUACAAGGAGUUACUGAACAAGGUCCCUCUACAGAUCAAAAGUUUACAUGAGGAAGUGAUGGCCCAAAGAGCAUUGGAUCGCCGACUGACUGAGGAGCUGAUGAGGUUCAAGUCUACAAUUAGUAUUCUGACCAGUGAAUUGUCUGCAGUCAAAGAGCAUGAUCGUAAAGUCACCAAGGAAGCAGCUCAGGCACAGGAGGAUCUCCGAACAGCUCUGAUGGAAGCUCAGAAAAAUGCCAGUCUUUUGGCUGAGUACCAUGACCUGUAUGAACUUCAACGUAAACGUUUGGAAGGUCAGGUAUUCAUGCUGACCGAGGAAAGAGAAUUGUGGAGUCAGGCCGCCUACAGUCUCGCUCUUAAG